UUCAAAAUCUUUUGUUCCCACUCUCUCUCUCUAGCUUGAAGACCAAGAUUGGUAUAUUUGUUACAACGGGCUGAUUUGUCUCAAAAAUAAAAAAGGUGAAUUGAGAUAUCUUUGAGGUUAAUAUCUCGAAGAAAAUGGGGAAGAAAGAGCAGAAAGAUCAUCAUUCAACAGUAGAAAGUGACGACAAAGUCGAAGCUGUUCUUCAUCUCCUACGUAAACACUCUCCUCUCACUCUUAAACAGGAGAAGUUCUGUAACAGAGCUUGUGUCAGUAGAUUCUUGAGAAUAAAAGGAGACAGUGUGAAGAAAGCAGCUAAACAGUUAAGGUCAUGCCUUUCAUGGAGAUCCUCUCUUGGCAUCGACAGCUUGAUCGCUGAUGAGUUCACGGCGGAGCUAGCUGAAGGUCUUGCCUAUGUCGCCGGUCUUGACGACGAGUGUAGACCCGUUUUGGUUUUCCGUAUUAAACAAGACUAUCAGAAGCUACAUACGCAGAAACAGUUGAUUCGUUUGGUGGUGUUUACAUUGGAGGUGGCAAUCUCAACCAUGUCCAGGAACGUAGAAGAAUUUGUCAUCCUUUUCGAUGCUAGCUUCUUCAAAUCAGCAUCAGCCUUUAUGAACAUACUUGUGACUACACUAAAAAUAGUUGCAGAGUAUUAUCCUUGUCGUCUUUUCAAGGCUUUCGUCAUCGACCCUCCUUCUCUAUUCUCGUACCUUUGGAAGGGUAUUCGCUCAUUCCUUGACCUGUCAACGGCCACGAUGAUUGUAUCGAUGCAUGAUUUCCGAAACUCCUUUGACUACGACGACUUCUCUUCUUCUUACCCAUCACGAGUCUCCUCCCUCCGUUUCGACACGUCAUCAAUAAAAUCAACGGACAAGAUCGGCUCCUGCGCAUCCUCUAGGUUCGCCUUCACCGUAUCACGCGACGGUCUCGACACGGUCAAACCAUGGUGCCUCACGCUGACCGACACGUCAUCAUCGAAACUAGGAAACACGACAGGCGCGUACCUCUCACCGCUAAACGCGCGUUCUUUCUCAUUCGCGUCACCCGCGGCUAGGCGCGAGCCUUUAGGUGGGCCCAGGAGAAGCUUUUUCGCUUCCACGCCGAUGCCAGCUAGGACGACGGACCGUCACGGCAUCGGAGGAACUUUACGUGACCCGCGGGUGCCUCGCCCGUCUUUCUUCCAGUCUCCGGCGGUGUUUUUCCGGCGAGAGUCGCACGUCAGAAAAACAGAGAAACCGAGGGAUACGUUCGUUCCUUUCCUCAAGUUCUAUCGUAGACCGUACGAUGAGAUGACUUAUAGGUCAAAGAUGCGGCCCCCACUAGGUGGUCUUGUCUCUAUUGUUUCAACGCAGAUUAGACGCCGCCACGUGUCUUUGUCUCAACGGUUCUAGCUUAUGAAGCUAUCAGCCUUUCACGUCUUGAAGAAGUACGUAAUAGUUCCUAGUAAUAGUAUAUAACUUUUGUUGCCAUUUUGUUAUAAAAAGUUUCCAUUAUUGUUGGCUUGUUUCUAUCAUGUUAGUUCAUCACAUUUAUUUUAAUAAUUUUGAUCAAUUGUUUAUGUAUUCAG